UGUGGGAAAAAGGCGCCUCGUUCCUUAUUUAGGGUUCCUUAGGUCAACGCCCCGACUGUAGGACCUCUUGGACCAUCUUGGUGCCCCCGUGGGCCGCCUCGGGGCCCUGCCGGGGGCUUCUUAGGCGUCAUGGGCCCGUCUCGGGGGGGAGGGCCUCGCGGGCUGCCCAGGGCUUGCCUAAGCCAGGAGAGGCUAGAGCUCGAGAGCACUCCAGCACGUGGUCGUGAAGAUCCAUGCAGGGAUUCGGUUGCGCGGCCCGCCCUCCGACCGCAGAAGUCGUUCGAGGCGCGAAGCUCCACGCACAGAUACGCGUGAGCAAGUCCCAAUCGAGACGCCGCGGCAGUCCUGCCGCCAUGUCUGGUAGUGUGGCGAGGAGAAGCGGGCGAGAAGAUCGAGGGGGGCGGCGGGGGCAGCAUCCGCUGCGGCGGCACAGAUCACGGUCAUCGCCGUGGCCUCCCCCGCCCCGAGAUCCAGGGGCCCACCCGUGCGGAAGCUGGCGGCCGCGGGCGGGUGCGUCGGGUGCCUCGCCCUCGUGCUCGUCGCCUGCAUCUGCCUCCGCAGGGUGCUCGGCGGCGGCGAGGGGCCCUGGAGCGUGCCAGCGGAGAGGACGACCUGGGCUCAGCGGUCGGUCCGCGAACUUCCAGACCCUCUGCAGGGAAACGCUGGAAGGUAACAAGGGGCGCUUCGACUUCCGGCUGGUCAGCAAGGCCGACGUAUUCCAGCACAUAUCCAAGGAGGCUCUACCCGCUGAUUGGGACUCUCUCAAGCCGCGAUACCAGAAGGACACCGCUAUCAACGCCAUCCUGGCCCAACACGGAGGUGUUGCUAUAGACAUACAUACCAUAAUGUUCCGCGGGCUAGACGACUGGUGGGAGGACAGCAUUAUCGCCAAGGGUGUGCAGUUCAAGGGCUUUUACUACACAUCGCGAGCCGAGACGGCGACCUGGUUUAUGAUGGUCGGGACCGGUCGCAUGAUGAGGGAGGCCGUGGAGCGGCAGAAAAAAAAGUCUGGCAACGAGCCGGCAGGAUGCACGGACAAGGAGAAGGAAAACGAGCUUUGUUACGGAAGCGGUAUGGUCAGUUGGGCGUUGUGCAAGCGUUUGCCAGAAUAUUGCAAGUGCUAUUUCGACGAAAUCGAAAGGUGCGAGCUCACCACUUUUCAAGAUGAUGUUACCGAUUACGACGACGAAUUGUACGAGCUUGCCGACCCGCGGAAAAGCGUGCAGUCACCUCUCCAGCCGGACGAGGUUAGGCCCAGGAAGGAGAGGUGGCAGCCGAUGUUCUCCACCGAGCGAAGCCCCGCCGAGUUCGGCAGCUUCUUGGAGCGCUUCGAGGCAGGAGGCAUGCCGUUCAUCACUCUGCAGGCGCCUGGCGAGGGCGCCGACAAGAGCAGGGAGGAGCUGCUCGCGGACACGACGACCUUCUUCUACCAGUGGCUCUGCCUCGCGGGGCACCCCGACACCGACCAGAGCGCAUGCGGGAGGGAGGACAACGGCGACGACACCGAAGACGUCUGAUGCCGUUGGAUGCCAGCCAUCCCCUGGCACCGAUUCUGGCCAGGUCCUUCCUGGGCCCGGGGGCGCUGCACGACCCCUCCUGGUCGUGCAAGCAGGGCGGAUCCACGGAUCCCGAGGAAGAAGCAUUGCAUAGAAAAAAGGUUCGAAGGUCUGCGCGGACCUUAGAAAGGUCGCGGGGGGGUCAGCGGGUAGCUGAAGCAUCC